AUGCGGCCGGGCCCUGGAUGUGUGUUUGAACAUGGUAAAUUUGAAGUUCGCAGAGGACAUAAAGGAAAAGACUUUCUAGUCCAAAGGCAUGUAGGUGCUUUUCACCAAAAAAUGCCCGUCAUUGUGAAAGAAGGUCCAACUACAGAUAUUGAAUACACCCUGCAGUUUGGAUACAAGUCUCGCAGAGGUCGGAUCAAUGGUAGAGCAAGUGAUGUUUCUGGAGUGCUCCGUGAUGACUUUGACUCUUGGAACCUUGAUCCUGAUGAUUUAAAAAUGGAAUUGCAAGUAAGGAAACAACGAGAAAUUGCUCUUGAGGCUGCCUUGGCUGAGAAGGAAUUUUUGGAAGACGAGUACAGGAAAAAGGUUGCUGAGGCCAAGAAAAGGGAGAUGUCUCUGGAGAAUGAUUUGGCAAACAUGUGGGUUCUUGUUGCUCAAUUAAAGAAAGAUGGGAGUGUUAACCCAGAUUCAAAGAUUAAUGAGAGGCAGAAUGAUAACAGAGACCGUAUAAAUGAUCUAAAAUUGGAGGAUACUGACCUUAGGGAUCCAAUCCUCAAAGGUCAGCAAGCUGAAGAUCAUACAACCCAACUUUCCGACAUUUCCAAGGAAGAAUCUCUUGUUGUCCGCUUGAAGGCCCGGAUUCAAGAGAUUAAGGAGAAAGAACUUGGUUGCACUGGGAAUGGAGAUGCAAAUUCGCACGUCUGUAAAGUAUAUUUUGAAUCACCUGCAGCUUCAAUGCUUAUUCCUUGUCGCCAUUUUUGCUUUUGCAAACCUUGUUCACUUGCAUGCUCUGAAUGUCCAAUCUGCCGAACUAAUAUUGCAGAUAGGAUUUUUGCCUUUACUUGACACCCAUCUAGAAAAAAAGGGAUUUGUCAUUAUUCGUCUGCUUGGUAUUUUCCUCGAGGGUUUUUGAUACCAUUUCAUUAGUUAAAUUAUAUGUAACUUGUUAAAUGGUAUAUCAUUGUUUUCUCCCUGAGAAAUGCGGCCGGGCCCUGGAUGUGUGUUUGAACAUGGUAAAUUUGAAGUUCGCAGGUGCAUCGUGAUGAUUUCUCCGAGCUUGUAAUGUACAGAACGGUACAUAUCUUGGGUAAUGUUACCCAACUUACGGUAGAUGCAGUAAUGAACUGAAAAAAGUGGUUUUGAUUUGUUUAGAGGACAUAAAGGAAAAUACUUUCUAGUCCAAAGGCAUGUAGGUGCUUUUCACCAAAAAAUGCCCGUCAUUGUGAAAGAAGGUCCAACUACAGAGUGAGUUUUUGUGGAAGCACACAUGAUUGUGAGAUGAGAAUGAGACAAGGAGCAUGUAAAUAAUUCACUUUGAUAGGAAGGAUUAGAUAGUUCUAAAUCGUAUUUAAAGGUUAAACCAAAUUAAAAUUGUUUAUAAUACUGUUUAA